AUGACGGUUUUCGCUUUGGGACAGUUGUGGCCUGAUGGAUGUGAAUUCCUUCUUGAUAGGAUGCGUGUUCUUCAGGCUGACACGCUGAACUUGAUCCAAGGUGGGCUCACUGCCGGUAGCACUUCGUCUGAAUCUAGUUGUGCAGCAACUCUUGAGGCCUGCAACCUGCUGGUUGGCAGAUUAAAGCCAGUCAUGGAGAAGCUCAAGCAGCAAUCGGGUGGUGGUGUUUCAUGGGAUGCUUUGAUUGCUCAGGCCGUUAAGGAUAAUGUUAAUUUAUCCUCGAGUGCAUACUGGGUACCUGGCCAAGAAUCCAGUACCUAUCUCAACUAUGGGGCUGGUGUAAGUGAGGUAGAGAUUGAUCUUCUUACAGGAACUAUUACUUCACUACGAAGCGACAUUGUGUAUGACUGUGGAAAGAGUUUGAACCCUGCAGUGGACUUGUGCCAGAUUGAAGGCUCCUUUAUACAAGGAAUUGGUUUCUUCAUAAACGAAGAACACGAAACAAACGUUGAUGGACUGGUUGUGAGUGACAGCACAUGGGUCUACAAGAUCCCGAGUGUCGACACCAUCCCGAAGCAGUUCAAUGCCGAGGUGCUCAACACCGGAUUCCACAAGAACCGUGUGCUCUCGUCGAAAGCUUGUGGGGAACCUGCCUUGGUCCUCGCAUCAUCAGUCCAUUGCGCGGUGAGAGAAGCCAUCCGAGCAGCAAGGAAGGAGUUUGGAAGCUUGCAGCUCACGUUCCAGCUCAACGUCCCUGCACCGAUGACGCUCGUGAAGGAAAUGUGUGGUUUGGACAUCGUGGAUAAGUACUUUUUUUUUAACAAGAGAAGGCACCAACAGGUGCCAAUUUCAUUCAGCUCAUUGACAGAGUACAUCAAGCAUUACAUAGACCUGCCAAGAAAAUGA